GUUUCCAUGGUGAUGUCUGGAGGGAAGACUGGUGGAGAGGCUGCUGGUGCCAGGCAGCGAUGCAGAAUCAGCCCGAGCCCAGGGAGAGAAGAGCUGAAGGGACUUUCCUCACCACCUGCUCACCACAAACUCUCGCCAAUGUACCCCAAGGAGGAGCAGAGUGUGGGGGACAUCACCUCGUCUGUCAACUACCUGGAUGGAGCUUAUGAGUACCCAAACCCAUCACAGACCUACAGCAACUCAUCGCCUGAUGAGCCUCCCUCUGUAGGAUACUAUCCAGCUCCCCCAGACCCUCAUGUGCCCCCAGCUGAAAAACAUCUGCAGUCCUUAGGCACCGGUUCUCACAAUCCUCUCAUAUUUGCACCCUCCAGCCCUCAAUUGUCCCCGUACCUCAAUCAUCAUGGAGCACACCACUCUACUCAGCAGGUGUCCUACUACCUGGACACCUCAUUUAGCACAAUCUACAGGUCCAGUGUGGCAUCUUCUCAGCAGGCAGGUGUUGGCUUGUGUGAGGAGCUGUGCAGUGCUACAGACACCGGAUCAGAAGCCGCAGGAGGGUUUGAUACAGCAAAGGAGACCCGUUUCUGUGCGGUGUGCAGUGACUAUGCCUCUGGCUACCAUUAUGGAGUCUGGUCCUGUGAGGGAUGCAAAGCUUUCUUCAAGAGAAGCAUUCAAGGUCACAAUGACUAUGUUUGUCCAGCGACCAACCAGUGCACUAUUGACAGAAACCGCAGGAAGAGCUGCCAAGCAUGCAGACUGCGCAAGUGCUAUGAAGUAGGCAUGAUGAAAGGAGGUGUUCGUAAGGACCGCGGCGGCCGUGUUAUCAGGCGUGAUAGAAGGAGGAGUAGUAAUGAGGAUCGUGACAAGAUCGGCAGUGAGCAGUUGAGUCGUGCUGGUGUGAACACAGCUCCCCCACAGGACAAGAAGAAGAGCAGUGAUGGCGUGGUCAGCGCUAUAUGCAUGCCUCCAGAGCAGGUGCUGGUGUUGCUUUUGGGGGCAGAGCCACCAGCCCUCUGCUCACGACAGAAACACAGCGGCCCGUACACAGAGAUCACCAUGAUGUCCCUGCUCACGAAUUUGGCUGACAAAGAACUUGUCCACAUGAUAGCCUGGGCUAAGAAAGUGCCAGGGUUCCAGGACCUCUCCCUCCAUGGCCAGGUUCAGCUGCUGGAGAGCUCUUGGCUAGAGGUUUUAAUGUUCGGGCUGAUAUGGAGGUCCAUUCAUUCACCUGGAAAACUAAUCUUUGCUCAGGAUCUUAUUCUUGAUAGGAAUGAAGGUGAAUGCGUUGAGGGGAUGGCUGAGAUUUUUGACAUGCUCUUGGCAACUGUGGCUCGAUUCCACAGUCUUAAACUCAAGUCAGAGGAAUUUGUGUGUCUCAAAGCCAUCAUACUUCUCAAUUCUGGUGCAUUUUCAUUCUGCUCCAGUCCUGUGGCGCCCCAGUCGGACAGCUUCAUGGUGCAGUGCAUGCUGGACAACAUCACUGAUGUCCUCAUUCACUGCAUCAGUAAAUCAGGUGCCUCGGUGCAGCUGCAGUCCCGUCGCCAGGCGCAACUUCUGCUGCUGCUCUCCCACAUCAGACACAUGAGCAACAAAGGAAUGGAGCACUUGUACAGAAUGAAAUGCAAGAAUCGAGUACCACUGUACGAUCUAUUGCUGGAGAUGCUGGAUGCACAACGAUUCCACUCCACAGGCAAGGUGCAGCGACCCUGGGCAUCAAGUGAGAAAAAUUUACCCUCUACACCUACAGCCAGCAGCAGUAGUCUCUCCAGAGGCCCCGGAGUCAUGCAGCCCAUCCCAGCUGGUCUCAGUCCUGACCACUGAAGGACUUCUAGCGUCUGAUGCAUGUACUGAUAAUACAAUUAAACAGUUGAAGAAUGGACUAUCAGUAAUAAGGACUAUGGUUGAAAACAAUGUUGCUGCCCAAUCAUAGCACUAAUUAAAUUGUUUUAGGGCUAAAAUGGAGUCUCUCUUUGUGCCUUAUCAGAUUCCACUUUAGACACAAACCAGAUUAACACAUUUCAAAAUUCCAUAGUUGGCACAAUGGGCUGACUUGGCCAAAUAAAAACCAA